AUGCCGUCUAAAGGAAAAGCGCGCGCGAGCACAGCGACGACCAAGGAGGUGGAGGAAGAGCAGGAGCAGGAGGAGAAGGCCAGUGGGGUGGUGCUCCGGCCCCACAUGACCGACGAGGAGGUCCAAGGUGUGCUGGUCGCCGCCCAGGUCUUCGUGUAUCCUCCUGACGACAAGAAGAAGGCCGGCCAGGUCGACGUCACCUACAUUGCAGACCUCUACGAUCGCUGCCCCGCUACUAUCCGAAAGAUUAUCGAUCGGAAGCCAAGGAUCGGCAGCGGUCGCGUGCCCAUUCACGACCCUGCCGUCCUGGCGCAGUGCUUGCGCUCGCUGCCGCCGAACUUGAGCGGGAGGCAAAAGGCAAGGUACACGAGCGUGGCACCAAGCACACUGGCACGACUGCGCGUUUCCAUCGAGCAGGAGCUCGCAGAGGCGACUACGGUCCAUUUCAAGGCUGCCAACCGGAGCGUGCGGAUUGAGAUGUUGCAGCAGCUUUGUCGUGACGACGUGACAGAGGUGUGGAUGGCGUAUUACGCUGUCACCGACUGUGGGUUCGUAGAUGUCCUUGUGUGGCUCGUCGGGAAGGGCGUGAAGGUUUACGUGCUGUUUGACAAGAUAGGCAUCACUGCAACAUUGGACGACUUGGUCAAUUUGGUCGCCCGAAAUCCGGUCGGCAGUGAAGCUGGAGACGUCACCAUCGUCGUGUCGGACAAGGAGCUCAAGUUCGUCGAGGGGGAGGCUGGGAAGCUGGGACUGCAGGAGUGGUGCGAGCAGGAACGCGAGCUCGCUAUGCUCUGCGGUCAGAACGCAGUUGUUCUAGCGGCAGAGCGGCCUCCCAUACGGGAUCUGGACGCCCACGGCCUCCUCAAUGCCUGGACCGACACAGAGCCAACCCCCCGAAGCCCCACUGGACCCUUCCAAGCUCUACAGACGACAGCGGCUAACCUAGAACGAGAUCUGGACAAGCUCAAACCUUGUGGCCCUGGAGAAGACAACGGCAGUGCAGGACAAGCCGGCGGUCAAGCCGGCGCCGGCGUCAACAACGCGCGCAAGCUGGCGGAGCUGCGGCGCAAGUACCUCGAGGUCAUCGACAUGGUCAUCCAGGGGCUGCAGACCGCGUUCUCCUUCUGCCCCGAGCCACCCGCGGACCCGUCGAUCGAGCACAAGCUCAUGCGCACCGUGCGGACGCUGGAGAAGCUGCGCUCGCUGCUGCUCAUGAACCCGGCGAGGCUGCAGCGGGUGUCGCUCGCCCAGCUGGACACGGUCGAGCAGCAGCUCCAAAUGAACCUGCUCCCACUCGCGACGCUGUUCCGCAGCUUUGAGAAGAUACGUAGCAAAGGACAGCCGAGGAAGCCCCACGACUGGCGACUCCUGUCGCUCAGUCUCAGUCUGUAG